CGACUGAGCAAAAUCGAAAGUACAGUACACUCAGACUAGUAACUUAGUCACCGAGUAUUCCAUACCCUUAACCAACAGGUCCUAACUUAUACAUACCGCAAGUACACAACAAAUCAACCCCAGAAGAAUGAUCAUCCUCCACAACCGCCGCAUAAUCACAGCGGCAGCCCUCGCGGCACUGAGCCACAUCACUAGUACUACCGCCGCUCCUACUACUGCUACUAUCACCUCUGCAUCCAACAACACCAGCGCGGUGGUCGUGAGUCCCUCUGUGCCCGAAUCCGCAGGUCUGCCGGUUUUGCAUCCCUUUGUCUCGUUCUCGAUUGAGUUUGUGUUCUUCCCGGAUUAUGCAGGAAACCGAACGCAUCCCAACACCUUUUCGAAUCAGUUGUUGGAUAAUCUGGCGGAGUUGGAGGGGGUCAAGCCCUAUAUCCGUGUGGGAGGGAACACGCAGGACUUUGCCCUCUACGACCCAACCCUCGCCGUCGCUACAAACGGCACCUACGUCCCCAGCAUCAGCACCGACUACCCGCUACUCCUGACGAUCGGGCCCUCGUUCUUCGAGUCCUACGGCACCUGGCCGGGCGCCAAGUUCAUCCACGGCUUCAACCUCGGCCGGAACACCUCGGCCCAGUUCGCGCAGCUGCUGGAGACAGUGCCGCUGGUGUGUCGCGCGCUUGAGGGCGGACGGCUGGCGUUCUGGGAGCUGGGAAACGAGCCCGAUCUGUACAAGACGUCGGCGCAGGGCGCCGUGCGGCCGCCCACCUGGACGGAGCAGGACUAUGUGAAUGAGUGGACGAACAAGACCAGUGCGAUCCGGAAGAAGAUGCGGGAGUCGUGCUCGACCGAGUUCGCCGAGGCCAAGUAUAUCGCUCCCUCAUUUGCCGGGGUCAGCAAUAGUUUGAAUCCCGUGGUAACAUGGGAGAAUGGGCUGGACAGGAAGAGGAAUAUCGCCCUGAACUCGGAGCAUAAUUACAUUGGCGGCGCCACGCAACCGGGCGUUACACUGCAGAAGACACUAAUGAAUCAUACGGUGACGGUCCAGAGUGUCGCGCAGCAUGUCAAUGUUUCGACCAUCCUCCAACAAAAGAACCUGACCACAGAUAUUCCCUAUAUCCUGGGCGAGACCAAUUCCUUGUACAACGAAGGCGCCGCGGGACUAUCCAACUCGUUCGGUGCAGCGCUCUGGGGCGUUGACUUCAACCUUUAUUGUGCCUCACAGAAUAUCCGGCGUACCCACAUGCACCAGGGGCUCAACUACCGGUACAUCUCCUGGCAGCCGGUUGACACCAACAGGACCACCAUUGGAACCAAGGCCCCUUACUACGGCAACGUCAUGGUGGCGGCCAUGCUCCACGGCGGCGAGGGCGGCGAGCAGGAUGAUGUCCAGAUCGCCAAUCUUCCGCUGGAGCGGGACACGGAGGCUGCAUAUGCCGCGUACGUAAAUGGUGCCUUGGCCCGGAUUGCUGUCAUCAACUUGGUAGAGUUCAACUACACCGAUCAAGUGAGCAGUCAGCGUCCCAACGCAAGUUAUGUUUUCCAAGUGCCAUCGGCCUCCCCGGGAACUACUGUAUCAGUGCAGCGACUGACAGCGAACGGUAGCAACGCCAUCACAGGAAUAACUUGGGAUGGCUGGUCGUACAAUUAUGAGCUGGAGAAUGGGAAGCCUGUGCGGUUGCCGAACACUACGACGGAGGAGACAGUCCAGGUGAGCAAAGAUGGAACCGUGAGCAUUGAUGUUCCCUGGUCCAGCGCUGCCCUCUUGAAGUGGUAAGAGCCAGACAAAGCUUCGACUAGCGAGCGCAGGGUAGAUGGCCAUACGGAAAGGUUCCUCUUUAGAUUGUCAAUCAUGACAACGCUGCU